AUGGAGCGCAUUGUGGCGUUGGUCGUGGAAGGACGCGAAAUUCCCGUUGCUUUGAAUGCACUUAUUACAGCAUCUCCAUUUCUUGCCAAUGCCUUCCUAACGGACCCAACCUGUGAGCGGUAUGUGUUCUGUUGUACUUCGUAUGCUGUGGUAGACGCACUGUUGCAAAGUUGUAUCGUCGGCGACAACACCCUCUUGGAAAAUAUUUGGAGAGACGAUGGGCCGCAUGGGCUUAGUGGUUUAUUGUCGCUGUUGGAGAUGUGCGUUUGCUUUGAGGUGGAUGCUUUGGUAUUUGAACGGACGAUAGAGGCGCUGACGAGGCACGUUCAUCCUGGAAACGUGGUACACGUCUUGCGAACCUGUCUUGCUUACAUAUUUGACGAUCACACUAAUGGCAAAGCGCAUUUGCGUCUCUUGAAGGAAGUAUGCUGUCGUUCCCUUCCCCCGAUAUUGCGUUCCACAGAGGACGCCGCUGCGUGGGGUGCGCUUAAGUCACAGUACAACGGGCGGUUAGUGGCGUUGGGUAUCAGUCCUUUUACAAGCUCAAUAGAUGUAUCGGGGGGUUCUUUCUCACGGCAGUCGCCACACUUGUUGGAGCCUAUCAUAGAGGAGUUGCUGGAGGCAAAAAUAGACGACUCAAAUUUGCAGCAGCUGUCGUUAGAGUCCUCACGAACAAAAGAAGAAAUGAAAGAACUUUACAUGCCAUGUGAUACGUCAACGUCGGACGUUAUUGAGAAGCAGCGAAGGGACGCUGAGGGGACCAAGAGGGAUGUCCUCGCUGCGAGGAAGAACCUUGACGUGGCGCAACACCGCUAUCACAGUACCUUUGUGGGAAUCAAUGACAGCGAGGAAUUAGCACGGCAGUGUCAUCUUCUUCUGCAAGUAAUGGAUGAAACUGUAUUGCAUGAUGAUGAAGAGCUCUUGUGUAAACUCGCUGGGUUGCACCCGUCUGAGGUAGUGCACCGCUCGCUUAUUCAACUUUAUGAGAGGAAGGAAGAAGAGCGAUUUCGGCUAGAUACGUUGAUCGCGCUGGGCGAGUCCCGGCUGCGGGCAGUCCAACGGAAGAUACGUGCAGUGGACAUUUCUGUGGAGCGAUUGAACGAUAGCCUGAAAAGCUUAACUGUGUAUUAA